AUGGGUAAUGAAAUUCGUGAAGAAAUAUCAUCUAUGUUAAAUAACAACAAGUACGCAUUGAUGGCCGAUGAAUGUCGAGACAUUAGUGGUACACAACAAUUAUCAAUAGUUAUUCGAUUUGUUCCUAAUUCAAAUAAUUGUACAACUGAUAAAAAUUAUGUCGUAAAAGAAUAUUUUCUGGGGUUUAUACCACUGGAAAAAUUCGAUGCUACAACAUUAGCAAAUAAUAUUGUUGAGUUUUUAAAUCAUUGGAAAAUUCCUUUGGAAUCAUGUAUUUGCUUGUUUAUGUCCGGUUGUGCGGCUGGUGUUCAUGUCUUGCUGAAGAAAUAUAUGCCUAAAGGCAUAUAUAUUCAUUGUGCAGCCCAUCGACUCAACUUAGUUAUUAAUGAUACAUGUAAAGUUGUUUAUUUUUCUGAAGGCUCUUCAUUGGAUUAUGUACGUGGUGAGUGUCUUAUUACAUCGGUUAUUCAACAGUUAAAGGAUCUUCGAAAUGAUCAAUCAUUUAACCAGAUUUAUGAAAAAGCAAAAGAAUUUUGCAGUUCAAAUGAAAUUGAUUUUGUACAACAGUAUCGAUCAUAUCGUGUAACAGCAGUACCUAUUAGAUUUCAAGAAUUUAUCAUCGAUUCAACAAUUGGACAACGGGAGACUUUACAAACAUCAACUGAUUAUCUUAACAGAUUAUAUUUUCCACUUAUUGAUUGUAUGUUGGUAGAGUUAAAUGAUAGGUUUUCAUUGAAAACAUUAUCAUUGAUGAAAAGUAUCUCCACCGUUUAUCCAAAUAGUACCAAUUUUCUUAAUAUUGAUGCUAUCGAUGAAUUUUGCUUUCAUAUUGGUGGAGAUUCGAGGGCACUCAAAAAUGAAUUUCUUGUUAUUAAACCCAUGCUUGAAUCGAAAAAAGUCAAUAAUGUUAUUGAAUUGUAUAAUGAAUUAGUUUCAAUGUCAGAUGCAUUUCCACAAACGUUAAAAAUGAUAACCAAUACCAUAACUAUGCCAAUUUCACAAGUAACUUGUGAGAGAUCUUUUUCAAAGAUGAAAAUAAUUAAGAAUUAUCUUCGAAAUUCAAUGACAAAUGAACGUUUAAGUGAUUUAACAGUAAUGGCUAUUGAGCAGGAUUUUGAGAUAAAUUAUGAACGUGUAAUUGAUAAAUUUUCGAGCAACCAUAAAAAUUGUAGAAUUUUAUUGCUUUAA